CGUCUCCGUCCAGUACCUCCCCAGCCUCGCCGCCUUCAGUUUCAACGCCACUUCCCUCGCGUCCGCCGCGAUCAUCACGGAUUACGUCGGCAGCCCGGCGGCGGAGCCUAUGCGUGCCUUCCCAGCUUCGCUCACGGAGGCCGCCGGCUCGCCCUCUCCGCAGCCCUCGCGGCGCCCCAACAGCUGGGCGUCGCCAGCGCCCUGGCCGCACACGAUGAGGCAACCGGCCAAAUUCUCGCCUCCGCCGGCCCAUUACGCGUCGCCCACGCCCUCGCCGCCGAUGUUUGGCUAUCUGCACUCGCGGUUUAGCGGCGAGACUGCACCAAUGAGCAUACCGCAGGCGGGAGGUGGCAGGGGCCCUAUGCACCAGCACCAUCAGAACCUGUCGGAACCCAGUAGGGCCUUCAUGUUUCCUCCACCUUCGCCAAAAUAUCUGCGAGGGGAGGCAGGGAGGCAGGAGUCACCUACAGAGACUAAUCGAUCGUUCAAGAGGGCAGAUGGCAUCCGCAUGGGAGAUCUCUAUGCAAACUUGCCGUCUGGUUAUAAGAUUAAGGACAGUAGGGAUGAAUCUGGCAGGUCCUCUGGUGUCUUUUCUUCUAGUGGUUCACCACAACUUGGUUUCUCAAGAAGUUCAAGCAGAUUGUCCAUGCAGGAUGAUACUGAUGAUGCGGAUUUUCCUUUUGCUGUGGAUGAUGUUGAUCCAGAUUCACGGCCAGGGAGUAGUGGUGGAAAGGACACAGGGGAUCCAGUUGGUUCGUCAUUCCAUAAAUCCCAAGAUGCUGCCGUUGGAUAUCUUGUCCACCUGCUGAAAUCUGCACGUCCACUGCGAGAUUUUAGCUACUCAUCUCAUACAUCAAUGGGCGAAUCUAUCGAAGCAGGAAGCACCAGCUCUUUCAUGUCCCGCAGGACAUCCGACGCACUGGAGGAGUUUGAAUCUUUCAAAGAAAUAAGAGAGAACCUGCUAGCACGUAGUAGAUCUUGGUUGCAAGACUCAUUGGAUAAAUCCUAGUGUUGAUGCAAUCCGUGGUUCCAUUUCUUAACACUGAAAGCAUAAGGUUCUGUGACUAGGGAUAAUAACUGGGAAUUCUCCAUCGGGUUUUAGCUCCCCAUCUCUGUCCCCACGACGAUUUUUUUUCCCGCGGGGAUCCUCACCAAUACUUGCCGGGAUAUUUCUUUCCCAUCCCCGUUCCCCGCGGGGAUAAAUCCCGUCGGGGAUCUUGCCCCGCUUAAAUUAUAAUUAGAUUGUACUUCAUUUGUUAGAUGUAAAAAGAUUGUCACUUAUACACAUUGUUAGAUGUAAAAAUUAUUAUGUGUACAUUAAAAUGAACACAUUUGUACAACGAGUGAUCUCUUAAUAAAAUAAUUAUUUAUUUUUAUCAUU